AUGGCUAGCCCACAGGUUCUCGUGUUCGAUGCUGAGGGCCGCCCUGUGAAGUUUGACACCUGGCUCGAUGACCUGCACCUCUACCUACAGCUCACAGCCAAGGAUGACAUCUCACUGUACGAUCACGCCCUAGGCCAUGUCACUGCCCCUGCUGCUACUGCUGAUAGCACUGCUCGCUCACAGUGGCAGACUCGUGAUGCCCACGCUCGCUUCGCCAUUCGCAACUCCCUGUCGAUAGACGAACGCGAGCACUUUGGUCAGCACAAGACUGCACAGGCACUAUACACAGCUGUAGUUGCUCGCUACUCCUCACCUGCCUCUGCCGCACUAGGCCGUCUCUCCCUCCCCUACCUGUUUCCCGACCUGGCCUCCUUUCACACUGUCGCUGACCUCAUCACGCACCUCCGUACUAGUGAGGCCCGCUUCCGUGCCGCCAUGCCUGCUGAGUUCCUUGCCACGCACCCCCCUCCACUCUGGCUCACUCUCUACCACCUAGUCACCCGCCUCCCUGACACACUGCGUGCUGUCAGGGACCACUUCCUAGCUCGUUGCCCCACUGAGCUCACCAUUGCCCUCCUCGAGAAGGAGCUACUUGCAGCUGAGACUAGCAUAGUUGCUGUAGGUGCCUCUCGUGGCGACCCCCGUACCCCGUUCUUUGAGGGGUGUUCUCCUUCCCCCCUUCUUCCCUCUGUCGCCUCUGCUGCUGCUGUCGACCUUCUUGGUACUGAGAAGGUCGACGCUGCGUCUGCCUCGAGCGGACGCCGCAGCGGCAAGGGCAAAAGGGGCAAGGGUGGUGGCGGUGACGGCGGGGGAGGCGGCGGUGGGGGCGGUGGAGGCAGUGGGGGUGGUGGCUCGGCUGGAGGGGCGAGUGGUAGCGGUGGGGGUGGUGGCGGCAGCGGCGGGGGAGGUGGCAGGAGUGGAGGCGGCGGUUGGGGUGGCGGUGGACGAGGCGGCGGCAGGGGUUGGGGUGGUCGAGGAGGUGGCAGCGGUGGUGGUGGCCGUGGAGGCACUGGCGGUGGCCAGGGCCAGCAGCACACUCCCUCGCCCCAGGAGGUCCGUGAGUGGUACUCUCAGCACGGGGGUGGGGGUGGUCUUAGCUGCACGUACGUCAUUCGCACUGGUGACCGCACUGGUCAGCAGUGUGGACGACCGCACGCCACACAGCGCUGCUUCUCUCGUCUCGACGACGCUUGGCGUGUUCAGUUCCCUCAGGCCACUGAGCUGCCCCGCUGGCUUGAUCUCCUGAAGAAGGGGAUUGAUAUCUAUGCUCUAGACUUUGAUGCUAUUCUAUCUGCCAUGUAUGUGAUGUCUACUAGUGGAGAGGGUGCUGAGUACUUGUGUGUGCCGCCCGACCCGGGCAUUAGGGCCAGUGCGUCUGCCGCUCCAGGUACUCGCGUGUCGGCUACCCCAGGUGCUGGUGAGGCUGCUGCUCUAGGUGCUCGUGUGUCUCCCCCCCUUGGUACUGCGUCGACUGCCGCACUGCACACCUUCACACUGGACUCAGGUGCUUCUCGCUGCUUCUUUCGUGACCGCACUGCCCUUGAGCUGCUUGCUCGGCCAGUUGCUGUCUCCCUUGCUGACCCCUCUGGGGGUCCAGUCAUUGCGACCUCUUCCACUGUCCUUCCCUGCCCUGCGGUCCCGUCGGGCACACUGUCAGGUCUCCACCUCCCCUCGUUCUCUACGAACUUGGUGGCAGGAUGUGCACUCCAGGACGGGGGUGUUCACCAGUUCACCCCUGCCUACGAGCGCGUGACACACUGCACGUGUGCUCGUACGGGCCGUCACUUGGCUACCUUCACUCGGCAGCCGGGGUCGGACCUGUACACACUGACUACUGAGUCCCCUCAAGUUGCUGCGACUGCGUCCGCGUCCGCGUCAGGUCAGCUGUCCGCCCCCUGCUCGUGUCGCUCUUUGGCACACGAGACUGUCCUAUGGCACCACCGCCUUGGCCACCCGUCUGUGCAGCGCCUUCGUGCCAUGCACUCCCGGUACCUUGUCUCUGGCCUGCCCAGGGUCCUUCCUGCCCUCCCACCCUCGCCUGCUCCUACCUGUCUCCCCUGUGUUGAGGGACGGCAGCGCGCCACUCCUCACUCCUCCUCGUUCCCCCCGAUGACUGCUCCCUUGCAGACACUCCACAUGCACGUGUGGGGCCCAGCCCGCGUCCGUGGUCAGGGUCAGGAGAGGUACUUCCUGAUAGUUGUUGACGACUACUCGCGCUACAUCUCGGUCUUCCCCUUGCGCACCAAGGGUGAGGUCCCUGAUGUCUUGAUCCCUUGGAUCCGCAGAGCCCGUCUCCAGCUCAGCGAGCGUUUUCACUCGGACUUUCCUGUCCUGCGCUUGCACUCUGACAGAGGUGGUGAGUUCUCCUCCGACCUCUUGGCAGCCUACUAUGCUGAGCACGGCAUUGAGCAGUCGUUCACGCUUCCGGCUUCUCCACAGCAGAAUGGGGUUGCGGAGCGCCGCAUUGGCCUGGUCAUAGAGGUCGCUCGUACCUCCUUGAUCCAUGCGGCUGCCCCCCACUUUCUGUGGCCGUUUGCGGUCCAGUACGCUGCGCAUCAGCUCAACCUCUGGCCCCGUGUCUCCUUGCCUAAGACCUCGCCCACGCUGCUGUGGACGGGGGAGGUUAGCGAUGCGUCGCGUUUCCGGGUCUGGGGGUCUCGAGCUUUUGUCCGCGAUUCGUCUGCGGACAAGCUCUCCUCCCGUGCUGUUCCCUGCGUCUUCCUCGGCUUUGUCCCCGACGCGUCUGGUUGGCAGUUUUACCACGCCACCUCGCGUCGAGUCUUGCCCUCCCAGGACGUCACUUUUGACAAGUCCGUCCCCUACUACCGCCUCUUCCCCUACCGCACUGCCCCGCUCCCCCCCCCGCCUCUCUUCCUCGCGCCAGGUGCUGCUGUUGCAGACCCCCUCCCCCCUCAGGGUGCCGCUCCCUCAGAUGUGUCUCAGGUAGACCCGGCUGAGCCUGUUGAGGUAGCUGUCGACUCUCGUCCUGCUGGGGGUACUGAGCCUGGGGGUGUGGAGCCUGGGGGUGUGGAGCCUGGGGGUGUGGAGCCUGGGGGUGUGGAGCCUGGGGGUGUGGAGCUUGAGGGUGCUGAGCUUGGGGGUGUGGAGCCUCGUGGUGCUGAGCUGCUGAGUCCGGAGUCUGGGGGUUCUGAGUCUGGAGGUACUAGGCCUGGGAGUCCUGCACCUGGAGGAGCCCUCUCCUCGGAGCAGCUGCGUGCGUGGUACUUAGAGUGCUGCAGCCUCCGGAGAGGUACCGCUCGAGCCGGACGUACUACUGGGACUAGUGCUAGUGCCUCUUCUCCCGUUCGGGAGCUCCCCUCCCGCGAGCGGAUCCGUGAGUGGUACGAGCGGCGCUGCACUCUUCGGAGUGGCGUGCCUUGUGUUACGGACCCCGCUGCUGUUGGAGCUGCUGCUGGUGCUGAGGACCCGGGCGUUGGAGCUGCUGCUGGUGCUGAGGACCCGGGCGUUGGAGAUGCUGCUGGUGCUGAGGACCCGGGCGUUGGAGCCGCUGCUGGUGCUACGGACCCGGGCGUUGGAGCUACUGCUGGUGCUACGGACCCGGGCGUUGGAGCUACUGCUGGUGCUGAGGACCCGGGCGUUGGAGCCGCUGCUGGUGCUGAGGACCCGGGCGUUGGAGCUGCUGCUGGUGCUGAGGACCCAGGCGUUGGAGCUGCCGCUGGUGCUGCGGACCCGGGCGUUGGAGCUGCUACUGGUGCUGAGGACCCGGGCGUUGGAGCUGCCGCUGGUGCUAAGGACGUGGGCGCUGGAGUUGCUGCUGGUGCUGCGGACCCUGGUGCGGGUGUCCCUCCUGGCUCUGGUGUCGCUGCUCGGUCUCGGCCGUACUUUGUUCCGCUCCUUCAGCAGGUUCUUGGUCAGCUUCCUCCUCCUUUUCCUCCUCCCUCCUUAGCGUGUCCUCCGCCUGUCCAGCUGCAGUCGGCGUUACCGUCUGCCUCCUCUCUCCCUGGUCCUGCUCCUUACACUGGUCUGACUGGAGGUCUUACUGAGCGGCGUGAGCCUGCGUCUCGUUCUGCGUCGCCUGAGUCUCGUCCUGAGUCGCCUGUCCGCACUGCUCUCUCUAGUAGUCGAGUCCAGCGUCAGCGUCUUCCUGCUGUCCCAGGCACUCACCGAAUGGCGCUUCGUCCGUCCACUGCUCCACAGCGUGUCCCACUGCCGUCUCCUCCUGCUUCCUCUCUUCCUGCUCUUGCUGACCCUGGGUCAGACUCUCUUCGUGCUACCAGUCCUACUGUCACGCGUCUCCUGGCUACUGUUGUCACUGACCCUUCCUUUGAGUCUGCUGCUGCGUCUGCCUUAGUUGCUGAGCUUGUCGACUUUGCUGCUCGCUGUCGUCUAGACUACGCUACUAGCCUAGUUGCUGAGUCUGAGUCUGUCUGUCCUCCGUCCGUCGGGGGUGAGUGUGCUCUUGGCACUGACGUCCUUGAGGACAGGCAGGAGGAGUUUGAGUGCUUUGCUGCCGCUUUGCCCCAUCUCGUGUCCAUGCUUGUUGCCCCUGAGGGAGACCCGGAUGCACCAGACAUCCCGACCCCACGCUCUUACGCAGAGGCGAUGGCCGGUCCCUACUCCUCUCAGUGGCAGUCAGCCAUGGACACAGAGAUGGCUUCCUGGAAGUCCACAGGCACCUACGUCGACGAGGUUCCCCCACCUGGGGCGAACAUCGUCAGUGGCAUGUGGAUUUUCAGGGUGAAGCGGCCGCCGGGCUCUCCGCCUGUCUUCAAGGCGCGUUACGUUGCACGAGGCUUCAGUCAGCGAGAGGGAGUUGACUUCUUCCAGACCUUCUCCCCGACCUCGAAGAUGACCACUCUUCGGGUUCUGCUGCACGUCGCCGCUCAGCGUGACUACGAGCUCCACUCGCUUGACUUCAGCACUGCUUUCCUGCAGGGCAGCCUGCACGAGGAGAUCUGGCUGCGCCGUCCCCCUGGCUUCACUGGGUCGUUCCCUCCUAGUACCCAGUGGAGCCUCCGACGGCCAGUCUACGGUCUCCGCCAGGCGCCUCGUGAGUGGCACGACACACUGAGGACUACGCUUGCGGCUCUUGGGUUCGCGCCUUCUACUGCUGACCCGUCGCUGUUUCUACGCACCGACACCUCAUUGCCGCCGUUCUACGUCCUUGUGUACGUCGACGACUUGGUCUUUGCUACUGCUGACACUGUGGCACUCGCCCACGUGAAGUCGGAGCUGCAGAAGAGACACACGUGCACAGACCUGGGUGAACUGACAAGCUAUCUUGGCUUGCGGAUCACCCGGGAUAGAGCACGCCGCACCAUCACCUUGACUAAGUCACACAUGGUGCAGCAGGUCCUUCAGCGCUUCCGCUUCACCAUUCUUGCACGCUAUGUCGCUCCCGGCCGUCACCGGAAGGAGCACAUGGAUGCAGCUAAGAGGGUGUUGCGCUACUUGUGCAGUACGUCGGGCAUGGGGCUAGUGCUUGGAGGGCGAGUCCCAGUUGUUCUCACUGGGCACUCAGACGCUUCUUGGGCAGACGACCAGGCUACUCAGCCGUCGUCUCAGGGUUACUCCUUCAGUCUUGGCUCUGGUUCUGUUUCUUGGCGUUCUACUCGCUCUUCUUCUGUUCUCAGCUCCAGUUGUGAGGCUGAGAUCUACGCCACAGCCAUGGCGGCCCAGGAGCUACGCUGGCUCACCUACUUGCUGACCGACCUUGGAGAGCAGCCUCGUUCUCCUCCAGUGCUGUACGUCGACAACAAGGCAGCCAUUGCCUUGUGUGAGGAGCACAGACUGGAGCACAGAACGAAGCACAUUGCUCUGCGUUACUUCCUUGCUCGAGAGCUGCAGCAGCGUGGUCAGCUUCGCCUGCGUUACGUGGCCUCUGAGGCCAACACUGCUGAUGUGUUCACCAAGACGCUUCAGCCUUGUGACCAUCAGCGCUUUUGCACUCUUCUAGGCCUUGUGCCUACUGAACCUCACUUGCUUACUUCUUGA